AUGUGGUCCCUGACUGCAGUAAUCGCCUCCCUGACUGUGGCCUUGUCAGGAGGCAUCUCCCAGGAGUAUCCCAAGAUUAUCAACAGCACCAAUGGAACCAAUGGGUUUCUCCCAGGUGGCUACACCUGCCUCCCCCACUCUCAGCCCUGGCAGGCAGCCCUACUAGUGCGAGGGCGGCUACUCUGUGGUGGAGUCCUGGUCCACCCCAGAUGGGUCCUCACUGCAGCACACUGUCUAAAGGAAGGCUACAAAGUUUACCUGGGCAAGCAUGCCCUCGGGCGUGUGGAGGCCAGUGAGCAGGUGAGAGAGGUGGUCCGCUCUAUCCCCUAUCCUGAAUACCGGAGCAGCCCCACUCACCUGAACCAUGACCACGACAUCAUGCUUCUAGAACUACAAUCCCCGGUCCAGCUCACAGGCCAUGUUCGUAUCCUGCCCCUUUCCCACAAUGACUACCCACUCCCUGGCACCUGCUGUCGUGUGUCUGGCUGGGGCACCACCACAAGCCCCCAGGUGAGUUACCCCAAAACGCUACAGUGUGCCAACAUCCAGCUGCGCUCAGAUGAGGAGUGCCGUCAGGUCUACCCAGGAAAGAUCACCCCCAACAUGCUGUGUGCCGGCACCAAAGAGGGUGGCAAGGACUCCUGUGAGGGUGACUCUGGGGGCCCCCUGGUCUGUAAUGGAACACUCCAUGGCAUCAUCUCCUGGGGAGACUUCCCAUGUGGACAGCCCGACCGACCUGGUGUCUACACCCGAGUCUCGAGAUAUGUCUCCUGGAUCCGUGAAACAAUCCAAAAACAUAAAACCCAGGAGCAGAUACGGACAAAGGAUCCAUAAUAAAACUU